CAUCAACAACACAAACACAAACACUACUACAAACAAUAACUACUCUUCAAUCACCUCUCAACUCUACUCAAUAACUUAUACCUUCAUCAAAAUGCAUUCCGCCAUCGCCUACUCUCUCUCCCUGUUUGCCCUUGCCGUCUCUGCGGCUCCCACCGAUCCCACCGCUCGGGCUGCAGGCACUGUUCAAGUACAGUUUUCAAACGAUGUCACCGGAGCAAAUGGCAACGCCCGUAUCCCUCUUGACGGGUCUCCUGUUAGCCUUGGACAGGCUUACGCAAACACCAACCUGGAAAGAGACGGAACUCUCUUUGUUACCAGCCUCCUGUUCACUGCCGAUUUCCAAAACGUGGCAUGCACAGUCCUGAGGAACGGGGUUACUGUCGUUGCCAACAUUAACGACCCCCACCAGGACUUCCAACGAUUUGCCCAGAAGCCCGUGGACUGGCAGAAUGGCUUCACAAUCAGCUGCACUAAAUAAAUGGCUUAGGGUUUUUGGAAGGGAUCAUGGGAGGGGCGUCGGUUUGGUUGAUUUUUAUUUCAUUUGUUAAGGAUGGGACUGCGAUAGGCUUAGCACAAAUAGCCAUAAAGGAUUAAACAUUCGACUUAAGGGUUACAUCAUUUAGUUAAUGUAUAGAAGCAUAAGAUGCAUUAGCAAUAUACAGACAUUCAUUUC